ACGAAUUUUGGAGGAGUCUCUCCGACCGCCACACAGCUAACUUUUCCCAGUCACAGAAAUCACACCAACUUCUUCCCCAGUUCAGUUCACAUCUCCUUCAGUCCAUUCUGAGGGGCGUCUCUACCCAACUCCAAUGCCUUCCAAACCCUAGCCCUCACCACUCGGCCCCUCGCUGCCAUGCCAGAUCUGAGUACCGUCUGCCCCGAGCUGUCUGUCGACGCCGCCGUGGGUGGGGAUGCGGCCGCUGACCCCGCAACGGCGGCGGCGGCAACGGAAUCCUACUUCGGCGGCGAUGGCGCUCCCAUUAUCCCUGUGGAGUGCCGUUGGAGCGGCCGCGUUCGCGCCUUUGAAGUCCAGGGCGCGGUCCCUGUGACCGCCUGCCCCGAGGCGCGCCGCGGCGGCGAGAGGAAGUCGUCCUCUUUGCCGCCCCCUUCGUCCCCGGCGGCGUCAUUUGCCCCGGAAUCGGGUCGGGUGUGCGAGUUCUAUGUGAACGAGGGCGCGAUCGCUGUCACUGCCGGCCCUGAGGCGCGCGGAGGCGGCGGCCGGAAGAACUCGUCCUCUGCCUCGCUGCCUCCGUCCGCAGCAGUACCAGCGCCGGCAUCGGGUCGGGCGCUCGAGGACUAUGUGGACGCGGACGGGGCCUCUCUCACCGCUGAAGCGCACCACGGCGGCGGUAAGAAGUCCUCUCCCCCGUUGCAUUCUGCCGCCACGGCGGUACAUGCGCCGGCACCGGGUGUGAAGCUCGAAGACUAUGUCAACGACUGUGCGGUCUCCGUCACUGCAUACCCUGAGGCGCGCCGCAGUGGCGGAAAGAAGUCGUCCUCUGCCCUGCUACCUUCGUCCUUGGCGCUGCUGCCAGCACCGGCGCCGGCGUCGGAUCUGAUGCUAGAGGACCAUGUGAACAAGGGUGUGGUUUCUGUCACCGCCCACCCUGAGGUGCGCCGCGGCAGCGGGAAGAAGUUGUAUUCGGCUCGUUUACCUUUAUCUGCGGCAGCGGCGGGGCUGGCGUUGCCAUCGGGUCGGUCACUCAAGGACUAUGUGAAGGAGUGGGAGGCGAGGAAGGUGGCGUCAGGAGCCUCCCUGCACCAUUGUGUGCUGCCAUUCCUCACUGGUGCGCCCAAGGCGGUUGAAUGUCGUGUGUGCUAUAAGAUUAUCCAUCCCUCGGAAGAAAUAAAAUGUUCAGUUAGCCGUUGUGAACAAACGUUCCACCUGACCUGUGUGGUGGAAUAUACUGCAAAUUUCACUGCUGAAAGCUUCAAGUGCCCUCAGCAUGGUUGCAUGGUUUGUAAGCAAAAGAUGUUUUUUUGGCGCUGUGGACGUUGUACAGUUGCAGCGCAUACAAAAUGUGCACCGUGGCCUCUAAUUCAUCUAAAAGAUGACCAAGGAAGUGCAAUUUGCUGGAGGCACCCUUCCAAUUGGCUCCUUCAAAACGAGAAUGCUGACCUGACAAAUAACAUAGAGGAAGUUUUCUGCCGACUACCUCUUCCAUAUGUUAACGAAGAAUUCAAUAUUGAUUCAACCAUCAGGAAUUUCACAGCGAUUGUUUGUAAACCGCCCUCAUACACACAUAUCAGGCGCAAUGUAUAUUUAGUCAAGAAGAAACGCGCCGAUUCAAGUGCCGAGACUGGGUGUACAAAUUGCAAAUCGGAUUCUGUUUGCAAAGAUGAUUGCGAAUGCAGGGGUCUUUCUAUGAGUUGUUCCAAGAGUUGCCACUGCUCAGACCUGUGUAGCAACAAGCCAUUCCGCAAGGAUAAGAAAAUUAAAAUUGUCAAGUCAGAAGGCUGUGGAUGGGGUGCUGUUGCAUUGGAGCCAUUGGAGAAAGGUGAUUUCAUAAUUGAGUAUGUGGGUGAAGUCAUCAAUGACGCAACAUGUGAACAACGGCUUUGGGACAUGAAGCGGCGUGGGGACAAAAAUUUCUACAUGUGUGAAAUCAGCAAAGAUUUUACAAUAGAUGCAACUUUUAAAGGAAACACUUCACGUUUUCUAAACCAUAGUUGUGAUCCCAACUGUAAACUAGAAAAAUGGCAAGUUGAGGGUGAGACAAGAGUCGGUGUUUUUGCCUCUCGUAUCAUUGAAGUUGGAGAACCCUUAACUUAUGACUACAGGUUUGUGCAUUUUGGGGAGAAGGUCAAGUGCCAUUGCGGAGCAAAGAGUUGCCAAGGAUACUUGGGCAGCCAACUAAAGAAUCCAACACAGAAUGCACUUGCAGCUGCUGCGCUUGAGAAUAAGUUGCUCGCGCAACAGGGCGGCUGCUCUCCUUCAAGGGUCAAACCAGAGACUCAUUUGUUACCCUGGACCAACUGUAUAGAGGUUCCUUUUAAUUUGAGGAGCAAAACGAAGAUAGACCGGCUAUGCUGGGGACGCAAACGGCAGCGGACGUCCCUUUUAGAUCCAUCGUCAUCUUCAGCUGGCCUGCAGCCAUCAGUUAUUGACGCUGGUGUAUCCAUUCUAUAGAGCUUUUCGGCUAAGCUGAAGUCCUGAGUCGAUUCUGUAUAAAUAUAUCAUGGUGAUACACUCGUAUAUGAGUUCAUUUCAAACGAUUCUUUCACAUUUGCCGGAUUCAGGACUUACGGUGUUGUAAGUUGUAACAUUUUUCUCAUCUCAUAGUCAAUUUUAUAGUUGAAGUUGGAGAGAA